AUGAUGGAAGCACCUACUAGUAGUAGCCGGAGGCGGCGAACAGCCAAUGCCUUGUUGAUCUUAGCUUGGAUCUGUCUGAGUCUCUGGCUGACAGAGCUCUCUGUGGCGCUUGUGCGAUCUGUUUACCAAACCCCGGCUUGCAGUCACGACCAUGACGAUACCGCCAGUGCAGUGGAACGGACGAUCCACACUACAACCUACCUUCGGAAUGAUACCGGUACAAGUACUGCUGCCGACCCGUUGGUUGUUUCAAGACUGGCACAUGCCAACGUAACUGUCAUACCUAUUCGCCGACGAAUAUACACCUGCGGCUACGAAGAGCCCCCCAAAGUUGCCGCCAACACCAUCUUUUCCGACUUUGAGCAUGGGGGUGGUCUCCAUACUUGGCUCUACAAAAAGAUUCGCGAGCCCCUUCAGCCACAGGACGUAUUGGUGUAUGGCAUGCAUAAAAAGUGUGGCUGGAUUGGGAAGAAAAGUUCCACCGAGUUACUCAAAAACUUUCCCGGCAAGAUUCUAUAUAUGAAUGGAGAAUCCUGGGGGAACAUUCAAGACUGGUCGCCGACAACCAACGAGCGACUCUACCAACUCGGCCCCUACAUCGAACAGCAAGUCUGGCAACAACACACCAUGCAGCUGUACUUUUUGGUAAUGGCCUUUUUCAUGCUACCCGAGGAAAAACAGCAGUGGAUCUUGGAUCCGGCGCUCAAACCACACAACACAGGUCGGCACAACGCCGUGGCCUAUUUCACCAGCAACUGCGUCCCCUUUCGACAAGAAGCGGCGACUGCCAUUGCCAAAGUCAUUCCGGUUCAUUACACACGAGGGUGUCCACUCGAGGAGGUCGAGAACACGGUCAAACACACCCGAAAGGACGACCAAGACGCCAACGGUGGCCCUUUUACCAACGAUGCUCUGUUUCACAACUACACGUUCUGUCUCGUCAUGGAAAACAAGAACUACCCGGGAUAUAUUACCGAAAAAAUCCUCAAUGCCUUUUUGGGGGGAUGCAUCCCCAUUUACUAUGGAACCACGGAAAUAUUUGAUAUCUUUCACAAGGACAGCUUUGUCUUUUACGAUAUUGACAAUCCACAGCCGGCACUCCAGCAACUAGCUCGACUCCAAUCCAGCCAACGGGCGUAUCGUCGCAUGCUACACAAAUCACCUAUAUUGGCAUCCCCCAGUGUUAUCGAAGAGUACUUUUCCCUGUCGGAUGACAUUGGAGGAGGGAAAUUGAAGCAGAGGAUCCGAGACAUGAUGGAUAUCCGUGAUGAUUGA